GUCUGCUCUUACGAAACAAAAAGAAAACAACACGCUUGUAUGUGUGUACGUUUCUGCUGUUGUUUGAAUGGAUACAUAUCAAGAAACCCUCAGUUUAACAGGAUUUUAACUGUGAGAUAAACGUUCACAAUAACCUGUAUGCAUCGCAGGUAAGUCAUUUCUUGCGAUUGUCAUUGAAUUAUUUCAUCGCUGACUUCAAAUUGUGCCUUGGUCUGCAUGAUAACAUCCUGUUUUAUGUUGCUUGUAUUAUCAGAAAUGUAUUGAAGAUGAAAAAGUAUGAUUGUUGAACUGAGUGAUAUUUAUUUAGUAAUUGACCUCCAAUGCCUCCCUCUAUCCAGUUUGUUGCUCAUUCCAGCAUCCAAGCACAUUUGGAAGUUUGUGACACUCGAGAGCCAAAGACACUGCUACUACUCCUCCUUGACCAAAUUAGUAGGCCUAAGCAGCAUUAAUAAUCGAACCACAAUGCCAGCAAAAAAACGCAAGGCGACCUUUGCCAAAAUGGACAACGCCAAACAGCAGAAGCUGCAGGCUGUAAAAGAGGGUGAGAGGGAGAGAGAAAAAGGUUGGCUGCAGGGUGUGGUGGCUGAGCAACGGAAGGAGAAACAGGACUUGAAAUUCAACAAGAAGCGCCUCCGUUUUCUGUCCCAAACCCAGAAGAUAAAGCAAGGUUCAGAGGGAGUAGUCUACUGGAUGAACCGGGAUCACAGGGUCCAAGGUGACAAAAUCUCCAGUAUAUAUACUACCAAUAACACGAUGGCCGAUAGAAAGUGCAUUGAAUGUAGCUAUAGGCUCAGCAGUGUGCAAAGGCUAACUGUGCUGUUCUGGCCUGGUUAUCCAUCCACCAUAGUUGCUUGGACAAUGGGAAAAGGACAAUGGGAAAAUAAACUAUUCAAGCCAGUACAGUAUAGUUUGGAUUGGCAUUGUAGUGUGAAAGGUUUUUGGGGAUUAUUUUCAGUAUUUGCAGUCAUAUUCACCAGUAACAGAUUGUUUGCUUCUCUCUUUGACUCUUACUGUAGAUAACUGGGCGUUGAUCCAUGCCCAGCAGCUUGCCCUCGAAGAGAAGCUGCCCCUGCACAUCUGUGUCUGUUUGGUGAUACCACAAGACUCUGAGUUGGCCACCAUCCGCCAUUUUGGCUUCAUGCUGAGGGGACUGGAGGAAGUUGCUAAGGUAGAGAGACUCCCCCCCCCCCCCCCAUCUUUGUAUGGGGUGAAAAUGACUUGUGUGUGAGGCAUUAGGGUUAGCAGUGUGGUUAGGUUUAAAAUCAGAUUUUAUGGACUUUGGCUGUGCCAGCUAGUGACCACUGCAGAGCUUCCUCCAGAACAAGGUUCAUGAUGAAAAACGACAAUCUGCAUCUAGGGACGGGCUCAAACUGUUUACCCAACCAGAACUUAGAGAGACUAUGAGAUGGAGAUGGCCCAACCAGUGCAAUAACUGAUUGGGCCAAUCAGUGCCAAAACAACUAGUAUCCUAAAACAAGUGUAAAAACCACACUAGAAAAGACAGGCGACCGACCUUGACUUAAGUUCUAUUCAUUUUACAUUUAUAGUGAAUCAACGAACACAAACCUGAAGAAUUUGUAUGCAAAUCUGUUUGUUGAUUCACAGGAAAUAAAAAAAUACAUUGAACCAAAGUCAAGGUCGGGUGCUUGUCUUUUCUAGUGUGCGGUUUUUUGUCUUGAUAUCCGGCCCGGGUGGCCCUGGCCUCCUCCUACAUUCCCCCCUACGAUCGUUACACUCUGUCUCACGAGUUCAUGAGGCCUCUGAGAAUUCUGUGUCCUGUGUGAUCUGAUGCAAGUGGACUUCAGACCUUUUUAAGUUAGCAAUUAAGCAGGUUACUCAUGUUAUGAUUGUAACCAAAUGUAUGUGAGGAUAUGACAUCUGGGUCGUCGGCUUGGCAUCCUCCACAGUUCUUACACUUGUUUAUGGCCCAAUCAGUCGACGAGGGAGAUUCUCAAUUGGCCAAAAAUUCUGUCCUCUCCUCAACUCCAUCCUCCUCUCUUCCGUGACCCGGAAACCUAUACGUGGUUGCCAUAUGUAGGAGAGUGUCAGUUCGUUAAUAGGUGAAGGGAGGAGUUUGCUCCUCUCCUCGGUUGCCGCCUCCAGUGUAGGAUGCUCAGGUGUAUCCUACCUCGGAAGAGUUUUGAAAUGCGCCACACCCCCUUCGAAACAGCUGUAUUUUCUCGGAUGAGAAAAGCAUGCAGGCAUUUAAAAACGAUACACUACUUAGGGUAAACGUCCCUAUUAAGCCCACGUACCAUAUAAGCCCACUUGCAACUUCUGAGUAAAAUAAAAAUACAUCAGCAUUUUUUGCUGUGUGACGUUUCUUCCAAUUAAGCUGCUUGUUACGUAAAUGUCACUUAUUAUUGUAAGCCAGUAAGAUUUGUCAAUAUUGAGUUAUCAAAGCAUAUGUGUGUAGAUCUCCUGAGUGGCGCAGUGGUCUAAGGCACUGCAUCGCAGUGCAAACUGUGCCACUAGAGAUCCUGGUUCGAAUCCAGGCUCUGUCGCAGCCGGCCGCGACCGGGAGACUCAUGGGCGGCGCACAAUUGGCCCAGCGUCGUCCAGGGUAGGGGAGGGAAUGGCCGGCAGGGAUGUAGCUCAGUUGAUAGAGCAUGGCGUUUGCAACGCCAGGGUUGUGGGUUCGAUUCCCAGGGGGGGCCAGUAUAAAAAAAAAGAUGUAUUCACUAACUGUAAGUCGCUCUGGAUAAGAGCGUCUGCUAAAUGACUAAAAUGUAAAAUGUAAAUGUAAAUGCCUGCUGAUCCUAGAAGAAGUUGCAAAAAAACGUUGGUGAUUUUGGUACCCUCAGAAGAUAACAACAUGUUUUGCAUAUUUCUACUCCUGUUUUUGGUAAGUACUCAUUUAAGUGAUUAGUGUUUUGAAUAAGACAUAUGUUAGAAUAUUACUUGAAUUAUAAAUAUUGUUUCUUUUUAAAUCAAAAUAUGAGUUUUAGCAUGCUAGCAAACAGACCACAUGCUGCAUCAGUACAGUAGCUGCAUAGGAUGGUUCAUUGCAAUGACAUAAAGCAUGAUAAGCAGGUAUAGUUAACAUUUUUGUAUGCAGUUUAUAUUAUUAUACUGUUAAAUAGACUAAAAGUGUAUGUCUAUCUUUUAUAAAAAAAAUUAUUAACAUUUUUACCUGGUGGGCUUAAAGGGGACGCUAGGAAAAAUAUCACACUGUCUGGGGUGGAUGUAAAUGAGUGUAGCUAAUUACUUCUCUGCAUUAUAAAUGUAUACUUUUCAUGUUAUGUUAGUGCACCAUAUAUAGGGUUAUUUCAUAUAGUUGUUUUUUUAAUGUCAUGUGCGUAGAAUAAAAUAUUCUGUUUUUUAACCAUAAAUUCACUGAUGUUCCCAUUAAGCCCACCUGCUUCCAUUAAGCCCACUUGACUGUGUUUCAAUGGGGAUUUUCUUCCUUUUGACCUUUUAACCAUUUUCCUCCCUAAUUUUGACCUCACCUGAUAAAUCAGCUCCAUAAUUCAGAUUAUUCAUAUCCAUAUUUAAAUAUCUGUCAUAUUGCAUAGGUCAAUUCAUUCUGGAUAGGCCUAUAUUCUAUCCUAACAAUAACAAUACAUUUUGUUUCUUCUCUGGCAGAAACUAUGACAAGCAACGAUACUCCUCUGGGACCCCAUGUGAUCGCUCUGUCUCCACCUGCACAACCUCGCCGAGCCAGGAAAACAGCACUAAACUUUCCAGUGGGACCCCGUGCCACCUCUAUAUCUCCACCUGCACAACCACGCCCAUGCGCAACAUCUGUGGGCGAAGAAUCCAUGUCCCAGAUUAUCCUCAGUGUAGAAACUCUUGCUGGGUACAACAUUCUCAACAUCACCAAUAUUGAGGAUUGCAAUGCUUGCAAAUGAUGAAAUGUCACAACCCCAGCCAUCAACGUCUGCAUCCUCUGCAACUUCAAGCCCUUCACCCUCAUCAGGCAUUGGCAUCAAAGAUGUCUUCCUGCAACGCAUCAUGUCAACCAAGAAGAGCAAUCCUGCCAAAAGACAGAAUCAACACUCUAAAAUAUGGAGCGUCUCUAACAUCUGAACAAGCCUUGUUGCGGCUAGGGGAAAGUGGAAAAAAGAAGGCAGCAAAAAAUAAACAACCUAAGGAUGGCAAGAGCAAGAAGGCUCCUCUGGAGAAGGCAAACGCAUCGGAGGCAACGAGGCAGUGAGCAAAGAGGAAAAUGAGAAUACAGAAACCUGUACCACAACCUUCCCAGUGGAGAGGGACGUGUACUAUGCUGUCAUGUUCACCAAACCAGCGGCAUAUUACAUCGCACCAUCACUUAACGAGUCAGUACCCGAGGGUGAACGGUAUGUGAUGAAGUUCCUAGACAGAGGGCCAAACAACACAUUCUUCCUCCCAUCCAGGGACAAGAUUGAGGAUGUAGAGCUCCAGUUCAUCCUCUGCAAAGCAGAGCUGGAGGGACCUGGACCAUUCUAUUUGCGCAAUCAUGAGGUCAUUGAAAAUCUGUACAAAAACAAGAUGAAAGCCUUCAAAGACUUGUUAGCGUAAGACUGGCAAGCAAAGAACCACCAUGUGGGCAAAAGAUUGAAACAAACAAACAAAAUAAAGCUUAGACCACCCUAUAACCUGUUAUGUUACUCUAAAAUAACGAUAAAAUCACAUCAAAGAGCAUAGGCCUACGUUUAGCCUAGGAGAAAGUAGAAAUUGCAGAAAUGUUUCUUGUUUAUUUUGCUUAAGUUAUAGGCUAAUGAUACAUGAGCUUCCAGAUGUUAUGACUGAUGUCUCCUCACAAUGAACUGUAUGUUGUAAUGUUACUCCACAAUGUACUGAAUGGUUUUAAAAUGUGUUUUUACAAUGUUUUCAAACUACUAGCCUAAAUGUGAUUUAACAUUUGAAAAUCAGUUAAAGUUAUUGUUUAAAUGUAAAUCCUGAAAUUGACUCAUUUACUAUCCUUAGGACAUUAGUAUUGAACCUGCAAACUGUUUUUCUUUUAGUCAGUCGGUCUUCAGAAAUCUUCAUAAAAACAUCUGACAUUUUGGCCAAUUUCAAAUGCCAACAGCACACCAUCGGAUAGAGAUGCAGACUAAAUGACAACACAUAUUGAAAGAUGAAGUAUUGAAGAGUAAUUUCCACUAUAGUUUUGAUUUCUUUCAUAAAUAGGUUUUUAGCUACAUUCCAAAGAAGACAUGUUGUAAGUUUAGCUUUUUCUGCGUUGACAACACAGCAAAAAGGCUGGUCACGCCUAUUUCAAAAGCCAUUUACAGGCCAUAGGAUAGGAGUGGAGACAAAAGGAAAAUAGCUAUUGAGAGCUAAGAUAUUACAGAUUUGAAUAGAAGAAGUUUGUAUUGUUAAGAUUUUUUAAAUAUAUAUAUUUAUUUAUCAACAAAUCUGAAGUGGGCUUAUUUGCAACACCCAUGGGCUUAAAGGUUACAUUAGGUACCCAUUAAGCCCAUGCCAGACUUUCAACAUAUUUUGACAAAUUAAACAGUAAAAACAUUUAGAAAUUGGUAUAAAUGAAAUAUUGACACUUCAAAUGAGAGAUUAUACUUUCAUUUUAACUAAAAUGUUCUCACUUAAAUUGGGGCAGUAUGUAUAAAAAAUGUCUGAAAAGUGGAUUUGGUGGGCUUAAUAGGGAGGUUUACCCUAUCCUUUAAUCUAUAAAAUGUCUAGCAGAACUGUUAACAGUAAUUUUUUUAACCACUUUUACACAUUAAUUUUGAGAUUCCACCUCUGUAAAUGUAAUUUGCCUGAUGGAGCGAUAGAGGAGGACAGUCUCAUUUCUUACAAGCGCAUUUCCACGUUUCCUCUCCUCCUCAUCGAGUGGACGCAAGGGGGCGAGAGGAAUCGAGGAAAUCCAAUUGAGAUUCUCCUCUAUACCUGCUUCCUGCUUGUCCCACGCGCUUAUCUGUCCCCAUUUUCACAGGACUGCAGUGCGCUGGAUAUUCAGUUCCACCUGCUCCAGGGCUCCGCUGGAGAACUGCUGCCGGGUUUUGUGCGGGACUGGAUUUUGGGGGCAGUGGUGACCGACUUCUCCCCUCUAAGGACGCCGCUGCAGUGGGUGGAGGAGGUCAAAAAUGCUCUUCCAUCGGAUAUCCCCUUCAUACAAGUAUGCAGAUCAGUCCCUUCAGGAUUUCGCAGCGGUUUUGUUUUGUGAUAGUUGCGAGCAAAAAUGCUUUAUUUUGCUGCUGCAAUUCUGACAUUUUGCAUGGCAAUUUGCAAUGAUUUUUGUCCAAUUUAUCACGAAAAUGCGCAGACAGUUUGUUGUGGCUUGAUUGAAUCAUUAUGCGGUAAAAGUUGGGUGAAAGUCGCACCUAGACCCAGAAAUGCAUUUCUUUUUCUGGGUCAGUGUCAUUGAGAGACGGUGCUUCUUGAAUAUCAUUGUGCAAAAGAUUUGUGUCAGAAGGUUCGUGUCCCGGAUUGGGUAGACAGGGAUGGAACUCACUCUGCCAUACCAACACUGAACACCUAUUGAAUUCCUGUUUAGCUUUCUUCAAUUUCUCAGGCUUUGUUUACAAAGGAUUUCAAGUCUGUCACCCAUCACGUCUUCCCAUCACUACCGCAGGUGGAUGCCCAUAACGUGGUGCCCUGCUGGGUGGCAUCAGACAAGCUGGAGUAUGCUGCCAGGACGAUCCGUACCAAGAUCACCAAGCUUCUGCCCGAGUUCCUCACAGAGAUGCCUUUAGUGGACAAACAUCCGCACCCUGCUGUCCGAACCGCCAAGGUAAGAGGUUGUUUAUAGAAGGUGGGUAUAAAUGGUAUUUGUAUAGAGACAAUCCACUAAACUCUCUCUGGGUUGGGUAAUAUCUUGCCUGAUCAGAAAACAACCCAUAGCCCCCAGAAUGCACAGGACAGGUGUAAGCAAUAGGGUGAUGACUUUGCAAAGCCUUCCAAUGGAGCUUCUGCUGUAUUGCUUACACCUAUCAAGUCCCUCCAGACCUGAAACACCAAAGUGGAAGUAAGUUUGAUGUUGUUUUUAGAGGGGACAUAAGUUCUUCCUCAUUUCUUUCCCAUCAUAUUUCCUCCUGUCUUGGUGUAGGCCUACCCACAACCACUCAUGGAUAUUUAUCUUUCCACAACCUUUUCAUUGAAUAAAAUCAAGCUCUCUUCUCCCAGCCAGUAGACUGGGCAGAGGUAUUGUCCUCUCUGGAGGUGGACAGGACGGUAGAGGAGGUGGAUUGGGCCAAAUCUGGCACUGCAGCAGGCAUAGCCAUGUUGGAGUCUUUCAUCGACCUGCGCCUCAAGAACUUUGCCACUCAGAGGAACAACCCCAAUUCUUCUGCUGUUAGUCAGCUCUCGCCGUGGAUCCGCUUCGGUCAGUUGAGGAAGCAACUUAUUGGAAUUUCUGUCAACACAAACUCUAGUGUUAUUUCAGCCUGUAAACACACACCCUAUGACCCUGCAAUACACACCUGUCAGCUCUCCCCUUUCUAAAUGUUUUAUGAAAUUCAACAUGCCAACUCAAAACCUAGUGUUCACCUAAUGCCAGCCUACAAACACACCCUAUGACCUUACACACCUAGCACUCACUGUGUGAAGUCCCACUCCCACCCACGCAGUGUUAGACUGCAGCCCACCAAAAAGAAACACAGGCUUUGCACUCCUGCUCGUAUCCAAUGUUAUAUGUAUGCAAAUGUUUCUCAAACUUAUUUCUGAAGCUCAAGGUGGACUUUGGGGUAAAUAAUUUUUCUAUGUCAUGUUUUCCUCCACUGGCUGUCUCUCCUCCUCCCCCUCCUGCUCUCCCUCUCUCUCUCUCUCUCUCUCCCUACCUCUCGCCCUCCCUACCUCUCUCUCUCCCUCUCUCUCUCUCCCCUCUCUCUCUCUCUCUCUCUCUCUCCCUUCCUACCCCUCCUCUCCUCCCUCCCUCCUCUCUCUCCUCCCUCUCUCCUCUCUCUCUCCCUACCCUCUCUCCCUACCCUGCCCUCCUCUCUCUCCCUCCCUCCCUGCCCUCUCUCUCUCCAUCCCUACCUCUCUCUCUCCAUCCCUACUCUCUCUCUCCAUCCCUACCUCUCUCUCUCUCUCUCUCCAUCCCUACCUCUCUCUCUCUCUCUCCAUCCCUACCUCUCUCCAUUUCUCCCUACGUCUCUCCAGGUCACUUGUCUGCCCAGCGCGUGGUGCUGCAGGUCAAGCGCAGUGGGAAGAGUGCCGCCGAGUCAGUUUCCUCCUUCACAGAAGAACUGGUGGUGCGCAGAGAGUUGACUGAUAAUUCUGUUUCUACAACCCCAACUAUGACAGCGUGAAGGGUGAGUGAGGAGGACUGAGUUCUCUUGAGUUUAGACAUGAUCUGCAUCCCAAAUGGCACCCUAUUCCCUAUGUAGUGCACUACUUUUGACCAGAGCCCUAAACAAAUACCUGAUUAGAAUGGCGCUGCAAUAGAUAGCUGCAAUUUUACAGGAUCAUGACCAAUUCUGCUGUUUUGUGUUUUAAGUGCUGAGCAUACGUUUUUGUACAUAAUGUUUCCGUAAUCGUUUCCUAUGACCGAAGAGAGCUUCUGGACAUCAGAACAGCGAUCACUAACCUCGAUUUGGAUGAAGAUUUCUACUUCAACGAAUCGGCGGAACAGGACAUACUGCUCACCCUGGACCAGGCCCUAAUCCCAGAGACUCGGAAAAGGAAGAGACGGCGUAAGAGAGUCCUACGUGCAAUAGUCCCCCUUUACCCUCUGUUCUAUUGGCGAACAUACAAUCACUGGAGAACAAAUUGGACUAACUCCUAUCAACGGGACCUGAAGAACUGUAAUAUCCUAUGUUUCUCGGAGUCAGUCGUGGCUGAACAAACAAGGACAUGGAUAAUAUAUCUAGCUGGUUUUUCUACAGUGAGGGGGAAAAAAGUAUUUUAUUCUCUACUGAUUUUGUACGUUUGCCCACUGACAAAGACAUGAUCAGUCUAUAAUUUUUAUGGUAGGUUUAUUUGAACAGUGAGAGACAGAAUAACAACAAACAAAUCCAGAAAAACGCAUGUCAAAAAUGUUAUAAAUUGAUUUGCAUUUUAAUGAGGGAAAUAAGUAUUUGACCCCUCUGCAAAACAUGACUUAGUACUUGGUGGCAAAACCCUUGUUGGCAAUCACAGAGGUCAGAUUUUCUAUGGGAUUAAGGUCUGGAGACUGGCUAGGCCACUCCAGGACCUUAAUGUGCUACUUCUUGUGCCACUUCUUUGUUGCCUUGGCCGUGUGUUUUGGGUCAUUGUCAUGCUGGAAUACCCAUCCACGACCCAUUUUCAAUGCCCUGGCUGAGGGAAGAUCUCACCCAAGAUUUGACAGUACAUGGCCCCGUCCAUCCUCCCUUUGAUGCGGUGAAGUUGUCCUGUCCCCUUAGCAGAAAAACACCCCCAAAGCAUAAUGUUUCCACCUCCAUGUUUGACGGUGGGGAUGGUGUUCUUGGGGUCAUAGGCAGCAUUCCUCCUCCUCCAAACACGGCGAGUUGAGUUGAUGCCAAAGAGCUCGAUUUUGGUCUCAUCUGACCACAACACUUUCACCCAGUUCUCCUCUGAAUCAUUCAGAUGUUCAUAGGCAAACUACAGACGGCCCUGUAUAUAUGUUUUCUUGAGCAGGGGGACCUUGCGGGCGCUGCAGGAUUUCAGUCCUUCACGGCGUAGUGUGUUACCAAUUGUUUUCUUGGUGACUAUGGUCCCAGCUGCCUUGAGAUCAUUGACAAGAUCCUCCUGUGUAGUUCUGGGCUGAUUCCUCACCGUUCUCAUGAUCAUUGCAACUCCACAAGGUGAGAUCUUGCAUGGAGCCCCAGGCCGAGGGAGAUUGACAGUCCUUUUGUGUUUCUUCCAUUUGCGAAUAAUCGCACCAACUGUUGUCACCUUCUCACCAAGCUGCUUGGCGAUGGUCUUGUAGCCCAUUCCAGCCUUGUGUAGGUCUACAAUCUUGUCCCUGACAUCCUUGGAGAGCUCUUUGGUCUUGGCCAUGGUGGAGAGUUUGGAAUCUGAUUGAUUGAUUCUGUGGACAGGUGUCUUUUUAUACAGGUAACAAACUGAGAUUAGGAGCACUCCCUUUAAGAGUGUGCUCCUAAUCUCAGCUCGUUACCUGUAUAAAAGACACCUGGGAGCCAGAAAUCUUUCUGACUGAGAGGGGGUGAAUUACUUAUUUCCCUCAUUAAAAUGCAAAUCAAUUUAUAACAUUUUUUACAUGUGUUUUUCUGGAUUUUUUUGUUGUUAUUCUGUCUCUCACUGUUCAAAUAAACCUACCAUUUAAAAUUAUAGACUGAUCAUUUCUUUUGUCAGUGGGCAAAUGUACAAAAUCAGCAGGGGAUCAAAUACUUUUUUACCUCACUGUAUGCAUCUGCAGGAUCGAACGGAAGACUCGAGUAAAGCUCAAGGGAGAGGUGUGUUUCUCUUUAACAACAGCUGGUGCCCGAGCUAGAAUACCUCAUGAUAAGCUGUAGACCAAAUAUCAAACCACUAUCUACUAAGAGAGUUUUCAUAUAUAUUAUUCGUAGCCGUCUAUUUACCACUACAAAUCGAUGCUGGCACUAAGACCACAUUCAACGAGGUGUGUUGGCCAUAAGCAAACAAGAAAAUGCUCAUCCAGAGGCGGCGCUCCUAAUGGUCGGUGAUUUUAAUGCAGGGAAACAGAUCCGUUCUACCUCACUUCUACCAGCAUGUCACCUGUGCAACUAGAGGAGACAACUCUAGAUCACCUUUACUCCGUACACAGAAAGGCAUACAAAGCUCUCCCUCGCCCUCCGUUUGGGAACUCUGACCAUAACUCUAUCCUCCUGAUUCCUGCUUACAAGCAAAAACUCAAACAGGAAGUACCAGUGACUCGCUCAAUACGGAAGUGGUCCGAUGAAGCGGAUGCUAAGCUACAGGACGUUGGCUAGCACAGACUGGAAUAUGUUCCGGGAUUCAUCCGUUGGCAUUGAGGGGUAUACCACAUCAGUCACCGGCUUCAUUAACAAGUGCAUCGACGACGUCGUUCCCAUAGUGACCGUAUGUAUUUGUAUUUAUUUAUUAUGGAUUCCCAUUAGCUGCUGCCAAGGCAUCAGCUACUCUUCCUGGGGUCCAGCAAAAUUAAGGCAGUUAUACAAUUUUAAAAACAUUACAAUACAUUCAUAACAGAUUUCAAAACACAUUAAGUGUGUGCCCUCAGGCCCCUACCAUACAGUGGGGAUAAAAAGUAUUUAGUCAGCCACCAAUUGUGCAAGUUCUCCCUCUUCAAAAGAUGAGAGAGGCCUGUAAUUUUCAUCAUAGGUACACGUCAACUAUGACAGACAAAUUGAGGGGAAAAAAUCCAGAAAAUCACAUUGUAGGAUUUUUAAUGAAUUUAUUUGCAAAUUAUGGUGGAAAAUAAGUAUUUGGUCACCUACAAACAAGCAAGAUUUCUGGCUCUCACAGACCUGUAACUUCUUCUUUAAGAGGCUCCUCUGUCCUCCACUCAUUACCUGUAUUAAUGGCACCUGUUUGAACUUGUUAUCAGUAUAAAAGACACCUGUCCACAACCUCAAACAGUCACACUCCAAACUCCACUAUGGCCAAGACCAAAGAGCUGUCAAAGGACACCAGAAACAAAAUUGUAUACCUGCACCAGGCUGGGAAGACUGAAUCUGCAAUAGGUAAGCAGCUUGGUUUGAAGAAAUCAACUGUGGGAGCAAUUAUUAGGAAAUGGAAGACAUACAAGACCACUGAUAAUCUCCCUCGAUCUGGGGCUCCAUGCAAGAUCUCACCCCGUGGGGUCAAAAUGAUCACAAGAACGGUGAGCAAAAAUCCCAGAACCACACGGGGGGACCUAGUGAAUGACCUGCAGAGAGCUGGGACCAAAGUAACAAAGCCUACCAUCAGUAACACACUACGCCGCCAGGGACUCAAAUCCUGCACUGCCAGACGUGUCCCCCUGCUUAAGCCAGUACAUGUCCAGGCCCGUCUGAAGUUUGCUAGAGUGCAUUUGGAUGAACCAGAAGAGGAUUGGGAGAAUGUCAUAUGGUCAGAUGAAACCAAAAUAGAACUUUUUGGUAAAAACUCAACUUGUCGUGUUUGGAGGACAAAGAAUGCUGAGUUGCAUCCAAAGAACACCAUACCUACUGUGAAGCAUGGGGGUGGAAACAUCAUGCUUUGGGGCUGUUUUUCUGCAAAGGGACCAGGACGACUGAUCCGUGUAAAGGAAAGAAUGAAUGGGGCCAUGUAUCGUGAGAUUUUGAGUGAAAACCUCCUUCCAUCAGCAAGGGCAUUGAAGAUGAAACGUGGCUGGGUCUUUCAGCAUGACAAUGAUCCCAAACACACCGCCCGGGCAACGAAGGAGUGGCUUCGUAAGAAGCAUUUCAAGGUCCUGGAGUGGCCUAGCCAGUCUCCAGAUCUCAACCCCAUAGAAAAUCUUUGGAGGGAGUUGAAAGUCUGUGUUGCCCAGCGACAGCCCCAAAACAUCACUGCUCUAGAGGAGAUCUGCAUGGAGGAAUGGGCCAAAAUACCAGCAACAGUGUGUGAAAACCUUGUGAAGACUUACAGAAAACAUUUGACCUGUGUCAUUGCCAACAAAGGGUAUAUAACAAAGUAUUGAGAAACUUUUGUUAUUGACCAAAUACUUAUUUUCCACCAUAAUUUGCAAACAAAUUCAUUAAAAAUCCUACAAUGUGAUUUUCUGGAUUUUUUUCCCCUCAUUUUGUCUGUCAUAGUUGACGUGUACCUAUGAUGACAAUUACAGGCCUCUCUCAUCUUUUUAAGUGGGAGAACUUGCACAAUUGGUGGCUGACUAAAUAAUUUUUUUCCCCACUGUACAACACAAAAUCCAUGUGUACGUGUGUGUAUAGUGCAUAUGUUAUCGUGUGUAUGCAUGUGCCUUCGGAAAGUGUUCAGACCCUUUCAUUUUUCCACAUUUUGUUACGUUACAGCCUUAUUCUAAAAUGGAUUAAAUAAAUACAAAUCCUCAUCAAUCUACACACAAUACCCCAUAAUUACAAAGUGAAAACAGGUUUUUAGACAUUUUUGCAAAUGUAUUAACACAACAGAAAUACCUUAUUUACAUAAGUAUUCUCUGAAAAGAUUUGGCAUGGGUCCUCAGAUCCUCAAAAGUCCUACAGCUGCACCAUUGAGAGCAUCUUGACUGGCUGCAUCACUGCUUUGUAUGGCAACUGUUUGGCAUCCGACUGCAAGGCGCUACAGAGGGCCGAGCUCCCUGCCACCCAGGACCUCUAUACCAGGCGGUGUCAGAGGAAGGCCCUAAAAAUUGUCAAGACUCCAGCCACCCUAGUCAUAGACUGUUCUCUCUGCUACCGCAUGGCAAGUGGUACCGAUGCACCAAGUCUGGAACCAACAGGAUCCUGAACAGCUUCUACCCCCAAGCCAUAAGGCUUCUAAAUAGUUAGUCCGGGUAGCUAUUUGGUGAACUAUUUAUCUGUCUGCAUUGACCCUUUAUGCACUAACUUAUUUGACUCAUCACAUUCACUGCUGCUAUUGUUUAUCUAUCCUGUUGCCUAGUCAAUUUAUUCCUAGUUAUAUGUACAUAUCUACCUCAAUUACCUUGUACCCCUGCACAAAGAUUCGGUACCGGUACCCUGUGUAUAAAGCCACGUUAUCGUUACUCAUUGUUUAUUUAUUAUUACUUUUAUUACUUUUAUUUCUCUAUUUUCUUUCUCUCUACAUUAUUGGGAAGGGCCCGUAAGUAAGCAUUUCAAAUAACAAAUAACAUUUGAUUUUAUUAGUAUUAUAUGGUAGAUUAUGUGCAGGCACUUGGACAAUGCAACAAUUUAAGAAAGUCCAUUGUGACAUUUUUAAUGGGGAAGGGAUGAUUCCGUUCUGUUUUGCUAAAUUAAAAUGAAUUAUCCUUGUAUUUGAUCUAGGUGCGAAUGACUGGGCCCAGAAAACGUUGAAGGAUCACGCCAAAGACAUCAGGCCGUACGUCUAUACCCGCAAGCAGCUGGAGAAAGCCCAGACCCACGACAAGCUCUGGAACGCAGCCCAGGUAUCGUUUACAGAACUGACCUCCCAUAGACUAUCAACAUGCAAACCAGCCAAUUCAGCAAUUCUCAGAACAACAAGAAGAUUUGUAUUUAUUUCUUAACAUAAAUCAUGUAAUGAAAUAUGCCAUUUAGCAGACACUUUUAUCCAUAGCAACUUAAAUAAAGUGAACUAUCACUGUCGGGCUGACCCCAAUUUAUGAUUGUUUGGUCGAUAGGCUGUUGGUCGACCGAGAUGUCUUUAGUUGAGCAGUAGCAAUAAAAAUAAAUCAUGGUGUACAAGACACCUGUCUUGAUUCGCGCUUGUCUGAGUGGACUAAUCCAUUGUGGAGGCCGUGGGGAUGGCACAGUCCAUCACGCUAAGACAUUCACUACUGAAAUUGUAUAUGGUUAUAUUACAUAAGAACAAUGGCGCAACACUAAUAAAAAUAUCAUUUGAUAACAAAUGUGCUUUCUCCCACGUUUGGAUAGCGGUCGCUGGCCGCCGUUCUGAAACAUCAAUGCACUGUUAAAUUGGCGCCUUUUCCUAGACCAUGUUGCAAUGUGCGAUAAUAGCAAAGGUACUGUGGUGGCCGAACAACGAUGCUGAUAUGCUGUGUUGACAAGGAAUCCGCUGACACUGUACUUUGAUAAUAAAGGUUUAUUAUAUCAAAAGAUUUCAGCGUCAAUUUACAGAUUUCUGCAGAAUCUGGAGAACAACUAACCCAAUCUCAAAUAUGAUUAUUCUCUCCGUCCUUUGUUCAAAAGUUGGUAUAUAUCCUAUGUAACAUAAGAUGGGUGUUUUUGGAUAGACCAAUCCCUGGCCUCCACAUAUCCAAGUGUCCUCUAUUUCAGGGGGCCCCUAUAGUAAUGCUUUCCAGAUGUUUCAGCAAGGCAGAAUAAAAUUCCUCUAACACACCAUUUGCAAACGUCAGCCAAAAUUAUAAACUGUUCAGAUACUACAUAUUUCCCCCCUUCGAGACUCGAAAACAAAAAUAAUAGGAUUAUGACAAAUAACAAUUUUUAUUACAUCAGGCUUCUUGAGUAACUUUAGCAAUAAAACAAAAUUUAUGGAGAGUAAACAAAUUUUUAUGUAGACAAAUUUUCAUGGAGUGUAAACUAAUUUUUAUGGAGUGUGAGAGCGAAAAAAACCUGUCUGGCAGCUUUCAUUCCAAAUAUCCAUCAAUCAAUCAAGACAGGAAAAUUCUCUCACGGCCCCUCUGCCCCAGGCGACCACCUAAGUACUCCAGAUUAAUUUAUACAUUUUUAUCAAUGCAUUUUAAGCUAUGAUGCAAUUGAAUACACAUGAAAACCUCAGAAAACAAAAUACAAUCAAAAAUGUCCACAUUCUCUCUGUCCCUGCCUAGACCCAAUAUCCCUAAGCAUCCACGAAAAAAACAAAAACAUCUGAGGUCCCCACAUGUACCCAACAACAGAAAACAACAUGAUUCUUCAAAAAAAUUAUACAGAAAGAAUAUGACACAAAUUAUGUAUUACACAUGCAGACACUGAAAUGUAGUCCACUACACUGCAUCUCCUCAGCAGUGUCGACUUUCAAUGUAACGUCGAUGAUGGAAUCUGAACAUUUCCACAUCUUCCUUGUUCAACUUCCUCCAGUCCAUUCAUAUUGUCCAUGUUUGAGUAUUUGAAUCCCACUAUACACAUUCCCCCAUAUGCUUCUGGAAGAAAAGAAAACACCAACCAGUAUCUUUUGCAAAGCAACACAUGCAAAUUAAAACAUCAAUAUCAAAAAUAAUAUAAAAAUGAUAUAUAAAUUGAUAUAUAAAAUGAAUCACAUUCCAUUUCCCCCCUUUGAUUCAUAAGAAAAUACUAAAUAUCACAAUAAUAUGCAAAGAAAUGUGAAAAUUAUCACACAAUCAGAUAUUCAAAAUUUCCUAGAGUUACUUCAAACCUAGUUUUCAUAACGUUUUGGUCUGACUUUUUUCCCCAAUUUUUUUCAAAUCAAUUUCACUGAUUUAUCCACAAAACUCUUUCCCAUUUUCUGAGGAUAUUCGAUCAGGAAGUCCCCACCUGCUUAUGACUUCUUUACACAAGAACUUGGCAACCGAUUGAGCGUCUUUUCGCUUGGUUGGACAGGCCUCCGGCCAUCGUGAAAAUCUAUCCACAACCACCAGCAUAUAUAUUUUCCCUUCAACUGGUUUUAUCAUAUCAACAAAGUCGAUAACCAACUCACACAUAGGACCUCUCGGUGUAGGAAUGUGACCAGGAAGAACAGUCACACCCCUGCGAACAUUAUUUUUCAGACAGAUUGUGCACCUGCCUAUGACAUAGUCAACCUGUUCAAGCAAAUAUGGUGCCCAAAAUCCAUACUCCUUUGUGAUCUUUCUCCUAACCUCCCCCCUUGCAACAUGAGCUAACCCAUGUGCUUCCUGAAUCAUCAGGCCUAAUAGGUCUAGAGGCGCUACUAUCAACCCCUCAUGGUUUCUCCAAAGACCAGUAGCAUCUUUGACGGCACCUCGGUCUAGCCAUAACUGUUUGUCAAUCGUAGAAGCAGCUUCCUGUAUCAAAAUCACAUCCUUCAGCGUAAUUUUGUCUUCCAAGUCCACUCCAUGAGUGACCAGAAAAACCUUCCCAAUUUGUCCGCUCCUGUGACGGCUUUUGCAGCUUCAUCAGCAGCUUUGUUCCCUUGUGUGACUUUUGACACAUCUGUUUUAUGAGCUGCACACUUAGCUAUUGCUAUCUCUUUAGGCUUCAUCAUAGCAUGCAACAAUUUCAUUAUUUGCGCAUGAUGUUGUAUCGGAGAACCAUCCGUUUUCUUAAACCCUCGACCUUUCCACACUGCUCCAAACAAAUGACACACACUAUGUGCAUAUGCAGAAUCAGUAUAUAUCGUCACUCGCUUUCCUUCUGCUAACAAACACGCUUCUGUUAGCCCCACAAGUUCAGCAAGUUGUGCGGACGCAGGCUGUGUUAUUACUUCAGCCUUUUCAACAACAAAUCCAUUUCCUUGGGCUUUAACUACUGCAUAGUUAGCACACAAUUUAUCUCCCACACGAUAACAAGACCCAUCAGUCCAAUACUCCAGGUCUGCCUCACGUAAUGGAAAGGCUUGCAAAUCUGAUCUAAGCCUCGAGUAUUUCUCUGCUUCUUGAACACAAUCAUGUGGCUCACCAUCCUCUGAAGUUGGCAAAUUCUCGGUUGGAUUCACCGUAUCACACCUCACUAGGGUGACAUCUUCCUGCUCUAAGAGCCUAUGAUAGUCUCUGAGCCUAGGCAUAGUCAAUGUAUAUUUUCCAUAGUUCAGAAGAUUUCUGAGACUAUGAUGGGUAAGAAUUGUUACUGGGUAACCCAUCGUAACAGAUGAUGCUUUGUCAUACAUUGAAUAUACUCCCACCAUUGCUCUGUAGCACAGUGGUAGCCCUAGUUCUACUUCUGAAUAGGCAGUAGAGUAGUAGGAAAUAGGUUGAGGAUUUGUCCCUGUACCUGUCGGCUGACAAAGAACUGCACAUGCAUAUUUACCUCCAGUAGAAGUAGACACAUAUAGCAAGACAUUCUUAGAGUAGUGUGAGUGCAGGUGCCUCCUGUAACCUCUGAUCGUUUCAAAUGCCACAAGGCCUUCUUGUGUCCAGGAAAGAUUGCUAUGGAGUUGUCCAUUCCCAGUGUCUUUAACCAUAGCUCUCAAAGGUCCCUACUUCAUUCACUGCUCUCAAAUCAUGAACCAUACGAUAAGUCUCAUCGGGUUUCUUCAAAGGCAACAAAGGUGUGUUACUCUGAGGAUUUUUUAUUUUCCUGAAAACACCUGCUUUCGAAAGUCCUUCAAUUUGUGGUUCAAUCCCUUGUGGAUUGCUUCAUCUUUCAAUGGAUACUGAUUCUUCCAAGGAGGUCUGGCUCCUGGUCGAAGUUCAACUUUCACCGGUUGGGCUGAUUUCACAAGUCCAAUAUCGGCACUGUGUUGAGACCACAAACCUUCUGGAACUUGUUGCAACAUCUCCUCUUUCAUAGGGUCUGAAUCCAUCUUCGCACUGCAAAUAGAUUCAUGUGUCAUCCAUACAGCUUGUUGGCUGUCCUUGUCUUUGAGCCGAAAUCAUGAUUUUGAGAAAUCGCUGAUCUUCACUCCUCCAAAUCGCCAAAUUCUCUUUCAUUGGUACAAAAACAGCUUUCUCUGCUUCUGUCAUAAUUUCUCCUAUAUGCUUCUGCUCAUAGUCUUCAGAAACCAACAAGGUCACAUGUGGCAGGUAUCGUUCUCCUGGCAUCCGCCAAACCCAGAUUCGUCCGUCGGACUGCCAGAUAGUGAAGCGUGAGUCAUCACUCCAGAGAACGCAUUUCCACUGCUCCAGAGUCCAAUGACAGCGAGCUUUACACCACUCCAGCCGACGCUUGGCAUUGUGCAUAGUGAUCUUAGGCUUGUGUGCGGCUGCUCGGUCAUGGAAACCCAUUUCAUGAAGCUCCCGAUGAACAGUUAUUGUGCUGACGUUGCUUCCAGAGGAAGUUUGGAACUCUGUAGUGAGUGUUGCAACUGAGGACAGACAAUUUUUAUGCGCUUCAGCUCUCAGCGGUCCCGUUCUGUGAGCUUGUGUGGCCUACCACUUCAGGGCUGAGCUGUUGUUGCUCCUAGACGUUUCCACUUCACAAUAACAGCACUUACAGUUGACCGGGGCAGCUCUAGCAAGGCAGAAAUUUGACAAACUGACUUGUUGGAAAUGUGGCAUCCUAUGACGGUGCCACAUUGAAAGUCACUGAGCUCUUUAGUUAUGCCAUUCUACUGCCAAUGUUUGUCUAUGGAGAUUGCAUGGCUGUGCGCUUGAUUUUAUACACCUGUCAGCAACGGAAAUAGCCAAAUCCUCUCAUUUGAAGGGGUGCCCACAUACUUUUGUAUAUAUAGUUUAUAUCUACAGAAAUAAGACAGAUCCUGCUUCUGUUGCCAGUUUGAGUGUAUGUUUAAUAGCCUACUUAUUCCGUGAGCACUAAGCCUCACGCAACCACAUGUCGAUAAACAAUUUCACAAAUUCUGCUAUUUUUUAAAUCUUUGCUAUGCUGUAAUAAAGGCUUUACGCUUUAUUUUCUUCGUUAGAACAGCCUCUGGUAUUACUUAUAUAUUUAGUGUUUACACUGUUCCAAAUUGUCAGAAAUAUUUAUUAUAAUAAUAACGCAACUUUUUCUUGAUCUCCUUGUUGUUGUUGUUAUUAUUAUUAUUAUUAUUAUUAUUGUUAUGAUCAUCAUUAUAAUAAGUCAUGUCAUUAUCAUUAGUAGGCUUAGUAUAGCAGCCUUAUAUAAUCACCAUCGAGCUGUAGGCCAAAGAGCGCAUCCUGUUUAGUCCUAAUACCGUAACUUACUUAGGCCUAUAUUUCAAUACUUAUAUAGGCUUCUGUAUCAAUCAUUCAUUCGUUCAUGUCAUCACACAGCAUACGAGUCAUUCAUGAUUUGAAAUGCAAUCCAGUCAUUUGUGUCUAAUUAUUUCAUCGUGGUCCUCUGUAGCUCAAUUGGUAGAGCAUGGCGCUUGUAACGCCAGGGUAGUGGGUUCGAUCCCCGGGACCACCCAUACGUAAAAAUUUAUGCACACAUGACUGUAAGUCGCUUUGGAUAAAAGCGUCUGCUAAAUGGCUUAUUAUUAUUAUUAUUAUUAUUAUUAUUAUUAUUAUUAUUAUUAUUAUCAAACAAUGCGCUUAAAGCAUCGGACAAGCUCAGUGCAUAUACCGUAUUUUCCGCACUAUAAGGCGCACCGAUAAGCCGCAGCAGCUAAAUUGAAUGAUAUUGAAUGAUGUGUACAUAUAUAAGCCGCACUGGACUAUAAGCCGCAGGUGUUUUAAUGUUUAAUUACCAUAUGUAAGGGUUCGUGCACAGAGGGGAUUAUCGGGAAAGAGACAAACUGUCUCGCUCUCGUAAUGUCUGUCUGUCUUGCUCUCGUUCUGUCUCUUGUUCUGUCUCUCGUACCACUCUCGGUUCCACUUUUACUUUUGCGCGCUACCUGUCUCACUCUUUUCCGGCCUCCAGCUUGUCCUGCUGGAGCCCGCCGCUUAAAGGUGGGGGGCGCGGACCGGUCAUAGAGCCCAUAGAGUUAAAGUUGGUGGACUGUAACCUGUAAAAUCCAUAGAUUUAGGAGGUCUUCUAGUGGCCGUUAGCUGUAAAAAUCCAUAGAUUAGCCGCACCGUUAUAUAAGCCGCAGGGUCGAAAAAUUGGAAAAAAGGCGCGGCUUAUAGUCCGAAAAUUACGGUAAUUGAUGCAUAGGAUGUGUUUAUACAGUGCAUUCGGAAAGUAUUCAGAUCCCUUGACUUUUUCCACAUUUUGUUACGUUACAGCCUUAUUCUAAAAUGGAUAAAAUAAAGUAAAAAUCUCAUCAAUCUACACACAUUACCCCAUAAUGACAAAGCGAAAACAGGUUUUUAGAAAUUUUUGCAAAUGUAUUCAAAAUUAACAACAGAAAUACCUUAUUUACAUAAGUAUUCAGACCCUUUGCUAUGAGACUCAAAAUUGAGCUUGUGCAUCCUGUUUCCAUUGAUCAUCCUUGAGAUGUUUCUACAACUUCAUUGGAGUCCACCUGUGGUAAAUUCAAUUGAUUGGAUAUGAUUUGGAAAGGCACACACCUGUCUAUAUAAGGUCCCACAGUUGACAGUGCAUAUCAGAGCAAAAACCAAGCCAUGAGGUCAAAGGAAUUGUCCGUAGAGCUCCGAGACAGGAUUGUGUCGAGGCACAAACCUGGGGAAGGGUACCAAAACAUUUCUGCAUUAUUGAAGGUCCCCAAGAACACAGUUCCCUCCAUCAUUCUUAAAUGGAAGAAGUUUGGAACCACCAAGACUCUUCAUAGAGCUGGCCGCCCACCCAAACUGAGCAAUCGGGGAAGAAGGGCCUUGGUCAGGGAGGUGACCAAGAACCCGAUGGUCACUCUGACAUAGCUCCAGAGUUCUUCUGUGGAGAUGGGAGAACCUUCCAGAAGGACAACCAUCUCUGCAGCACUCCACCAAUCAGGCCUUUAUGGUAGAGUGGCCAGACAGAAGCCACUCCUCAGUAAAAGGCACAUGACAGCCCACUUGGAGUUGAGACUGUAAUCACUGCCAAAUGUGCUUCAACAAAGUACUGAGUAAAUGGUCUGAAUACUUAUGUAAAUGUGAUAUUUCAAUUAUUUUUAUAAAUUUGCAAAGAUUUCUAAAAACCUGUUUUUGCUUUGUCAUUAUGGGGUAUUGUGUGUAGAUGGGGGGGGGAAACAAUUUAAUCCAUUUUAGAAUAAGGCUGUAACGUAUCAAAAUGUGGGAAAAUGUGAAAACAUACGUCUUUAUAAUUUUUUUAUUACUAAUCGAUUGGUCGAAAGAACAGACGACUCUUGGUCGACCAAGAUUUGUUUUUGUCGGGGACAGCCCUAUAUCACUGUAAUAAGUACUCCAUCUUGUCUCCUUCCUCCUGUAGUACCAGAUGGUGAUUGAGGGUAAGAUGCAUGGCUUCCUAAGGAUGUACUGGGCCAAGAAGAUCCUGGAGUGGACCUCCUCACCAGAGGGAGCGCUCUCCAUCGCCAUCUACCUCAACGACCGAUACGAGCUGGACGGGCAGGACCCCAACGGAUUUGUAGGUAAGUGACACACUGGUGGUUAGUUGGUUAAAUUCUUACCCGAAGCACCUAUUCUUUCGGUGUGUGUAAGGCCUGGUUCCAUUUCUGCACCUAUCCCCUUUCUACACCCCUUCAAUGUUCCUAGAUCUGCCAGACCUGGAUAGGUGAAGGCAAGGUUAAUUGACAGGUGUACGGGCAGACCUAACCAAUGCGUCAUCAUUGUUUCAGUGUGUCAGUUAUUUGCCCAUUGUUUGUCAAUUCCUUGUUAAAUAUACAGUAUCUAGGCCUUCCGAGUGUCGCAGUGGUCUAAGGCACUGCAUCGCAGUGCUAGCUGUGCCACUAGAGAUCCUGGUUCGAUCCAGGCUCUGUUGCAGCCGGCCGUGACCGGGAGACCCAUGGGGCGGCUGUCACGAGAAUUUUGUAUCUCAAUGUUCAAACUGAACUAUAGUCCUGAAGGUUGUAAAAGCUCCAGUUCAAUGAAUCAGACAGAGUCCCAACAUACAAGGAUCAGUAUUUAUUCAGAGAGGGCUCUGCCACAAAAUGGGCGCACAGUCUCUUUACACUCUCACACACACUCAUGUUCUUAUCAUAGCCUACUCCUUGCUCGGGCAGGCUGCAUUUUCUCUCUAUUCCCAUACAUAGUUAUCGCUGUUCUCACAAUAUCCUGCAAGCCUUUCACUCCCCCUCCCUGUGUGGGGACCUCUGUUUUUUGAAACCAGUCUCCUGUUAUUGGUUUCAACGUUUGCACUUCUACUUGCCUAAUUACAAGACACAAAUACUCUGUUGCUGGGCAAAUAUGCAUCUUAUAUAAGCACAUAUGAUUAACUCUCUAAUCUCUAGUCUUCUAAUAGUCAUACAUUUAUUAGUUUAACUGAGGGUGUGACAUUUUAGUCAUAUCUUACUCACACAUUACUUUAUCAGCGGCGCACAAUUGGCCUAGCGCCGUCCAGGGAAGGGGAGGGUUUGGCCGCCAGGGAUGUUCCUGUCAAAUCGCGCACUAGCGACUCCUGUGGCGGGCCGGGCGCAGUGCACGCUGACUAGGUCGCCAGGUGUACGGUGUUUCCUCCGGCACAUUGGUGCGGCUGGCUUCCGGGUUAAGCGGGCACUGUGUCAAGAAGCAGUGCGGCUAGGUUGGGUUGUGUUUCGGAGGACGCACAACUCUCGACCUUCGCCUCUCCCGUGUCCGUACGGGAGUUGCAGCGAUGUGACAGGACUGAAACUACCAAUUGGAUACCACGAAAUUUGAGAGAAAAAAAAGCAAAAAGCAAAACAAAAAAAAAUAUGUUACCGUUAAUCCCAGUAAUCGAGGCCUACGGUAAUUUAUGUUAAUACAUUCAAACCAUUCUCAUUCCCGAAGAGGAAAUGUUGUUUGUAAAGCUCACAAACUGCGCUACACUCAUUAGAAAUAAGUUUUGGUUUAUUUCAUUCUAUUUACCAGUUUAGUGUCAAUAUCUUAAUUGUCUUUGUUUGGCGAGCAUGUGUCCGGUUUCUCUGUCUUGUCAAGGUUUUGUGAAUGCGUGCAUACAGAAGUACCUGGCCUGUCCGCCAGGAUAGGUGUGGCUUAUUGUAGUUAAGUGUCCGUUUGGUAGGCCUGCAUUGCGAUUCUGUCCCAAAUAGAGCGAUUUUACUUGCGAUUAUAGAUCAAAACACUUAGGUAAACUGUUGGAAUCAUAGAAAUAGAAUGAUCAUUCUAAUUUUAUGGUUGGAGUACAAUGGGAACUUGCAAUGCAGUUUUGUUUGGCAUGACAACGAAUGAAAAAGUCAGGGAGGAGAUGGUUGUGACAGAGUAGGAACCAAAGUGGGUCAGUGUUUCCCAGGGGACCCUAAUUAGAUUUAAAUAGAUGGGUACAUUCAGACAUAGAUUUUAGAAUAUUCUGCGCCUUUUCAUCUGAUUUUAAGAGCAAGCUAUUCUACAAGGAAGGCCACCAAAAAUUCUGAAAUUUCCAUCCCCAACUAUAACAUUUUCCGUCUAGAUAGAACUGCCAAAGGGGGUGGAGUUGCAAUCUACUGUAGAGAGAGCCUGCAGAGCUCCAUCAUACUAUCCAGGUCUGUGCCCAAACAGUUUGAGCUUCUACUUCUAAAAAUCCACCUUUCCAGAAAUAAAUCUCUCACUGUUGCCGCUUGCUACAGACCCCCCUCAGCCCCCAGCUGUGCCCUGGACACCAUAUGUGAAUUGAUCGCCCCCCAUCUAUCCUCAGAGUUCGUACUGCUUGGUGACCUAAACUGGGAUAUGCUUAACACCCCGGCCGUCCUACAAUCUAAACUAGAUGCCCUCAGUCUCACACAAAUUAUCAACGAACCUACCAGGUACAACCCUAAAUCCGUAAACAUGGGUACCCUCAUAGAUAUCAUCCUGACUAACUUACCCUCUAAAUACACCUCUGCUGUCUUCAACCAGGAUCUCAGCGAUCACUGCCUUAUUGCCUGCGUCCGUAACGGGUCCGCGGUCAAACGACCACCCCUCAUCACUGUCAAACGCUCCCAAAAACACUUCAGCGAGCAGGCCUUCCUAAUUGACCUGGCCCAGGUAUCCUGGAUGGAUAUAGAUCUCAUUCUGUCAGUAGAGGAUGCCUGGUUGUUCUUUAAAAGUAAUUUCCUCUCAAUCUUAAAUAGACAUGCCCCAUUCAAAAAAUACAGAACUAAGAACCGAUAUAGCCCCUGGUUCUCCUCAGACUUGACUGCCCUUGACCAGCACAAAAACAUCCUGUGGCGUACUGCAUUAGCAUCAAAUAGCCCCCGCGAUAUGCAACUUUUCAGGGAAGUUAGGAACCGAUAUACACAAGCAGUUAGGAAAGCAAAGGCUAACUUUUUCAAACUGAAAUUUGCAUCCUGUAGCACUAACUCCAAAAAGUUUUGGGACACUGUAAAGUCCAUGGAAAAUAAGAGCACUUCCUCCCAGCUGCCCACUGCACUGAGGCUAGGAAACACUAUCACCACCGAUAAAUCUACAAUAAUCGAGAAUUUCAACAAGCAUUUUGCUACGGCUGGCCAUGCUUUCCACCUGGCUACCACUACCCCGGCCACCAGCUCUGCACCCUCCGCUGCAACUUACCCAUGCCCCCCCCGCUUCUCCUUCACACAAAUCCAGACAGCUGAUGUUCUAAAAGAGCUGCAAAAUCUGGACCCCUACAAAUCAGCUGGGCUAGACAAUCUGGACCCUUUCUUUCUAAAACUAGCCGCCGAAAUUGUCGCAACCCCUAUUACUAGCCUGUUCAACCUCUCUUUCGUAACGUCUGAGAUCCCCAGAGAUUGGAAAGCUGCCGCGGUCAUCCCCCUCUUCAAAGGGGGUGACACUCUAGAUCCAAACUGUUACAGACCCAUAUCCAUCCUGCCCUGCCUUUCAAAAGUUUUUGAAAGCCAAGUCAACAAACAGAUCACCGACCAUUUCGAAUCCCACCGUACCUUCUCCGCUAUGCAAUCCGGUUUCCGAGCUGGUCAUGGGUGCACUUCAGCCACGCUCAAGGUCCUAAACGAUAUUAUAACCGCGAUCGAUAAUAGACAGUACUGUGCAGCCGUUUUCAUUGACCUGGCCAAGGCUUUCGACUCUGUCAACCACCGCAUUCUUAUUGGCAGACUAAAUAGCCUUGGUUUCUCAAAUGACUGCCUCGCCUGGUUCACCAACUACUUCUCAGAUAGAGUUCAAUGUGUCAAAUCGGAGGGCCUGUUGUCUGGACCUAUGGCAGUCUCUAUGGGGGUGCCACAGGGUUCAAUUCUUGGGCCAACUAUUUUCUCUGUGUAUAUCAAUGACGUCGCUCUUGCUGCUGGUGACUCUCAGAUCCACCUCUACGCAGACGACACCAUUUUGUAUACAUCUGGCCCUUCAUUGGACACUGUGUUAACAAACCUCCAAACGAGCUUCAAUUCCAUACAACACUCCUUCAGUAGCCUCCAACUGCUCUUAAACACUAGUAAAACUAAAUGCAUGCUCUUCAACCGAACGCUGCUUGCACCCGCCCAGCCGACUAGAAUCACUACUCUAGACGGGUCUGACCUAGAGUAUGUGGACAACUACAAAUAUCUAGGUGUCUGGUUAGACUGUAAACUCUCCUUCCAGACUCACAUUAAGAAUCUCCAAUCCAAAGUUAAAUCUAGAAUCGGUUUCCUAUUUCGCAACAAAGCCUCCUUCACUCAUGCUGCCAAACAUGCCCUCGUAAAACUGACUAUCCUACCGAUCCUUGACUUCGGCGAUGUCAUUUACAAAAUAGCCUCCAACACUCUACUCAGCAAAUUGGAUGUUGUCUAUCACAGUGCCAUCCGUUUUGUCUCCAAAGCCCCAUAUAAUACCCACCACUGUGACCUGUACGCUCUUGUUGGCUGGUCCUCACUACAUAUUCGUCGCCAAACCCACUGGCUCCAGGCCAUCUAUAAAUCACUGCUAGGCAAAUCCCCACCUUAUCUUAGCUCAUUGGUCACCAUAGCAACACCCACCCGUAGUCUGCGCUCCAGCGGGUAUAUCUCACUGGUCAUCCCCAAAGCCAACACCUCCUUUGGCCGCAAUUCCUUCCAGUUCUCUGCUGUCAAUGACUGGAACAAAUUGCAAAAAUCUCUGAAGCUGGAGACACUUAUCUCCCUCACUAACUUUAAGCAUCAGUUGUCAGAGCACCUUACCGAUCACUGCACCUGUACACAGCCCAUCUGAAAUUAGCCCGCCCAACUACCUCAUCCCUAUAUUGUUAUUUAUUUUUGCUCAUUUGUACCCCAGUAUCUCUAUUUGCACAUAAUCUCUUGCACAUCAUUCCAGUGUUAAUACUAAAUUGUAAUUAUUUUGCACUAUAGCCUAUUUUAUUGCCUUACCUCCAUAACUUGCUAAAUUUGCACACUGUAUAUUAUAUGUAUUUCUGUGGUAUUUUUGACUUUGUUUUGUUUUACCCCAUAUGUAACUCUGUGUUGUUGUUUUUAUCGCACUGCUUUGAUUUAUCUUGGCCAGGUCGCAGUUGUAAAUGAGAACUUGUUCUCAACUGGUUUACCUGGUUAAAUAAAGGUGAAAUAAAAUAAAAUAAAAUAAAAACAAUGCUGAUUUACUCCACCACUUUUACCGGGCUGUAUUAGCGCAAAAGUUUGCUAGCAAGAGUUUCCCCUAUCUCAGUGGAUUUAGCUAGCCAGUUAGCUAGCGAUUAGCAUUGGGGGCUAACAAAAAAUAAAUUGGGCGCUUUUGCAGCUUGCUAAGACCCACCAACUAGCAUUUUGCAGAGAGAAAGUUACACAAACAUAUAUACACUGAGUGUACAAAAUAUUAAGAACACCUGCUCUUUCCAUGACAGACUGACCAGUUGAAUCCAGGUGAACGCAAUGAUCCCUUAUUGAUGUCACUUGUUAAAUCCACUUCAAUUAGUGUAGAUGAAGGGGAGGAGACCGGUUAAAGAAGGACUUUUAAGCCUUGAGACAAUUGAGAAAUUGAUUAUGUACAGUGAGGGAAAAAAGUAUUUGAUCCCCUGCUGAUUUUGUACGUUUGCCCACUGACAAAGAAAUGAUCAGUCUAUAAUUUUAAUGGUAGGUUUAUUUGAACAGUGAGACACAGAAUAACAACAACAAAAAUCCAGAAAAACACAUGUAAAAAAUGUUAUAAAUUGAUUUGCAUUUUGAUGAGGGAAAUAAGUAUUUGACCCCCUCUCAAUCAGAAAGAUUUCUGGCUCCCAGGUGUCUUUUAUACAGCUAACGAGCUGAGAUUAGGAGCACACUCUUAAAGGGAGUGCUCCUAAUCUCAGCUUGUUACCUGUAUAAAAGACACCUGUCCACAGAAGCAAUCAAUCAAUCAUAUUCCAAACUCUCCACCAUUCCCAAGACCAAAGAGCUCUCCAAGGAUGUCAGGGACAAGAUUGUAGACCUACACAAGGCUGGAAUGGGCUACAAGACCAUCACCAAGCAGCUUGGUGAGAAGGUGACAACAGUUGGUGCGAUUAUUCGCAAAUGGAAGAAACACAAAAUAACUGUCAAUCUCCCUCGGCCUGGGGCUCCAUGCAAGAUCUCACCUUGGGGAGUUGCAAUGAUCAUGAGAACGGUGAGGAAUCAGCCCAGAACUACACGGGAGGAUCUUGUCAAUGAUCUCAAGGCAGCUGGGACCAUAGUCACCAAGAAAACAAUUUUGGUAACACACUACGCCCUGAAGGACUGAAAUCCUGCAGCGCCCGCAAGGUCCCCUUGAUCAAGAAAGCACAUAUACAGGGCCGUCUGAAGUUUGCCAAUGAACAUCUGAAUGAUUCAGAGGAGAACUGGGUGAAAGUGUUGUGGUCAGAUGAGACCAAAAUCGAGAUCUUUGGCAUCAACUCAACUCGCCGUGUUUGGAGGAGGAGGAAUGCUGCCUAUGACCCCAAGAACACCAUCCCCACCGUCAAACAUGGAGGUGGAAACAUUAUGCUUUGGGGGUGUUUUUCUGCUAAGGGGACAGGACAACUUCACCACAUCAAAGGGACGAUGGACGGGGCCAUGUGCCGUCAAAUUUUGGGUGAGAACCUCCUUCCCUCAGCCAGGGCAUUGAAAAUGGGUCGUGGAUGGGUAUUCCAGCAUGACAAUGACCCAAAACACACGGCCAAGGCAACAAAGGAGUGGCUCAAGAAUAAGCACAUCAAGGUCAUGGCGUGGCCUAGCCAGUCUCCAGACCUUAAUCCCAUAGAAAAUCUGUGGAGGGAGCUGAAGGUUCGAGUUGCCAAACGUCAGCCUCAAAACCUUAAUGACUUGGAGAAGAUCUGCAAAGAGGAGUGGAACAAAAUCCCUCCUGAGAUGUGUGCAAACCUGGUGGCCAACUACAAGAAACUUCUGACCUCUGUGAUUGCCAACAAGGGUUUUGCCACCAAGUACUAAGUCAUGUUUUGCAGAGGGGUCAAAUACUUAUUUCCCUCAUUAAAAUGCAAAUCAAUUUAUAACACCCAGCCAACUUGACACAACUAUGGGAAGCAUUGGAGUCAACUUGGGACAGCAUCCCUAUGGAACGCUUUCGACACCUUGUAGAGUCCAUGCCCCGACGAAUUGAGGGCAACUCAAUAUUAGGAAGGUGUUCUUAAUGUUUUGUACACUCGGUGUAGAGAACGUGGAUUUAAAUUAAGAAGCAAAGUGGAAAGCUACGUCGUUCUUGUUUGGAAAAAUCAGUUGACUGCAUGCUGUUGUUUGGUCAAUGCAUGCAGAGUGAAUCUGCAACUCAAGGAACUGCCUGCUUGAGUGACUGGGCGGGGCUUGCUGUGUGUGGGAUUGGGAAGCGGCCUAAAGAGGAGAGAUGGAGAGGGAACUCUGUCAACUCAAGUAAUAAAUCAAAAGUAAAAGAAACGGCCGUUUAACGGCUAAGUGGCGUUUCAAAAUAUUGCAGACUCUUUCGAUUUAUUGGUAUUGCGUAUGUCAAUAUCGCAAUUUUGAUUAAUUGUGCAGCUCUACCGUUUGGGUAUGUUCUUUUGGUUUUGGGGAGGCUGCAUCUGAGCCUAGUAGACCUCACCUGCGCUUUCUGGUUAAGACAGGUUUUGCCUGAUAAGAGUUUUUUGUCUUUUGAAUACUGACAUUUGGAAGUCAGACCUUUUCUAAAUAUAUCAACUUGUACAUUUAUCACCGUCAUCACCAGCACUGUGUAAAUAAAACCAACAAUCCAUUUGCACCUCUACCUGCUUGCCUCGUGCUGAAUCUUUGUUCUUACGACUGCUACCAUGUCUAUUCUACACUGAUGAAUUUGUUUUCCCCCCAACCCUCUCUACCUCUCUGUAGGUUGUAUGUGGUCCAUAUGUGGGAUACAUGACCAGGGCUGGGCCGAGAGACCCAUCUUCGGAAAGAUACGGUACAUGAACUACAAAGGCUGCACCCGCAAGUUUGACGUGGCACAGUUCGAGAGGAAGUACUGCCCCAAAGACCUGUAAUGAAAAUGGGAGCAGAGGCAAGUUGUGCAAGGAUGGGGAAGAAAGCCAUAAUCUCCCAUACCUGGGUCAUAUUCGUAAGGGCAAAACGUAGCAAAAUGUUGUUCAAUGCAAAAAAACGAAAAUAAGUAUUUCUUAUUACACAUUCAGGUGAUCCCUCUGUUUCAGUCUGUUUUGUUUGGUUUGGUGCCUUGUGAAUACGACCCUGUUCUCCAACCUACUCCACAGACUUUAAGAUGGGGUGAAGUUCAGUACGGCACAUUCAAAAAUAUAUAUAUACACUACCGUUCAAAA